GCCCUUAAACAUGGCCGACAGAGAGUGGUAGAUGUCGAAAGUUACCGAAAAGCUUCGUUAAAAUCCGCGAACUUCUUGGUGUUUUCUGCGAGUAUUUGAACUUUGCCGCGUACCUCAGCAGUAUUAUUACAUUUCGGUCCUCGUCACACAUGAACCGGAGGCUCGUGCGGAGUUUGUUUGUCCGGAAAGGCCUCGGUAAAGCGGACAUUAGCCCGCGGUGUUAGCCACGUUAGCAGUCGGACCUGCUUUUGUUUUUGUCGGCGACGGGACGAAAUGCGAUAAAGGACUAAUAUUGCAAAGACAGUUUUCUUUUUUAUUCAGUGUUCAUUUCAUGUUUUCUGAACUGGACGGUUUUGCUGGAUUGACUCCGGAGCUGUUUUUGUGUUGAAUUGCGGGUGGGGUCCAGCCUGCUUUGCAGCGUGUUGAUUCAGCAACAAAUCCACACUUUUCCCAAAAAAACGGGGUCAAAUCCUCGCGUUUAGCGGCUGGACUGUAUCUGUUUAUGAACAUGGAUCCAAAGCGCUCUCACGGUAAACCUCAGACAACCGGCGGCGGCGGCGGCAGCAGCAGCGACUCGAGCUGCGGCAGCCCCGCGUCCCCCUCCGGCAGCCCCGCACCGGCCCCGAGCAAAGCGCCGGCUCCCGGGGGAAACGUGUUCGCCAACGACGGCAGCUUCAUGGAGAUGUUCAAGAAGAAGAUGGAGGAGGAGAAGAGGAAAAGAGAGUCGCAGCGAACAGGUGGAGAACCGAGAGCCACCGAGCAGGGACAGACAGCCGCGGAGAGGAGGCCCCCUCCGGUGACGAGCUUUGUAAGGGGUUUAGCAGUUGUAAGAUGAGAGCAGAGCUUCAGCACUACAUGCACCGAUUCACUUGAGUUAUUCCGCCCUGAAUAAUGACAAAUAUUUCAGUCUGAAAACUGGAUCCACACCAGUUUGCUUUUGCUGCAUUCAGACGCCUUUUGCAGGCAUUUAAACCUCUGACACCUGAGCCAGUGGGUUUGAUUU